GAAACUUUUCAUAAGAAGUUUGUACACGUAAGCUCUCCCUCCCCUCAAAAAAGUAAUUGAGGAAUAAAAGAACCAUUUCGGGCCCUGGAAAGUUAUGGCAAUCUGAAAGAACAAGAAAUAAAUCCGUUUUGGGCCCCGGAAAAGGUAUUGGGGGCGAUAGAGAUGAGCAGAAGCAGAAGAAGCAGAAGCAGACGCAGAAGAAGAAGCAGAGGGAGGGAGAAGAAGAAGAACAAGCAGCGGGAGCAGAAGCAGAAGCAGAAGCAGAAGAAGCAGAAGAAGCAGAAGAAGCAGAAGCAGAAGCAGAAGCAGAAGAAGCAGGAGCAGAUGAAGAAGAAGAAGAAGCAGAAGCAGCAGCAGCGGCACCAGCAGCAGCAGCAGCAGCAGCAGCAGCAGAAGAAGAAGAAGAAGAGGAAGAAGAAGAAGAAGAAGAAGAAGAAGAAGAAGAAGAAGAAGAAGAAGAAGAAGAAGUACAAGGGUGAUGGUCCUGAGCGGUGGACACAGAGAAUCUCGAAGCAGACUUACAAAGGCACCAUCGGAACAGUCUUCUUAUUCUCCUUGGAAAUCUCAAAGCAGCGUUACGACGACGGAGCUGAAGAAGGUCGCGGGUUCAAUCCCUUGUCAUGCGACUUGUCGCAAUGUCAGGAAUCCCCAGGUUGCAUUUGUUGAUAAUACCCUGGAGAAGGACCAUCCGCUUGCCCCUGAUUAUUAUUAUUAUUAUUAUUAUUCACGACUGAUUUAUGACUGGCAAGCAUGCCAGUGUACGAACGCGAAAACCUUAACCUGGAGCAAUGCAACGUCGGCCACUUAUAGACGAACGGCCCCUGGAGGCCAAUGAGAUACACCCUUAAGAUGGCUGGCUCCUAACCGGAAUAACAAUGUUAAGGAAACACCCUAAUUUCUCCAAAUAUAGCAGGAAGAACACAUGGGUCUCUCAAAACCAGCGAGUUCCAAUUCUAAGAAAGAAUUAGGUAUUCCCGUCCAUCAUCCAUGAACAACACCUGCUACACCAUUAACUGCCAAACCAUUUGA